AUGAGUAGUACGAUAUUCUACCGUUUUAAGUCUCAACGCAACACAUCGAGAAUUUUAUUUGACGGUACUGGCCUGACAGUAUUUGAUCUAAAGAGGGAAAUUAUUCAGGAGAACAAACUAGGAGAUGGCACUGAUUUUCAAUUAAAAGUGUAUAAUCCAGAUACAGAAGAAGAAUAUGACGAUGAUGCCUAUGUUAUCCCCAGAUCUACGAGUGUGAUAGUAAAAAGAUCUCCAGCAAUAAAAUCAUUUUCUGUGCAUAGCCGCCUCAAAGGGAACGUGGGGGCAGCUGCGCUAGGGAAUGCAACAAGGUAUGUUACUGGUAAGCCAAGGGUGUUGCAAAGGAAACAGCACACCGCUGCAACCACCGCUAAUGUUAGUGGUGUGACUGAAGAAGAGAGAAUAGCUAGUAUGUUUGCGACGCAAGAAAAUCAAUGGGAACAAACACAAGAGGAAAUGUCUGCAGCCACGCCUGUUUUUUUCAAGUCUCAAGCGAAUAAGACUGCGGUGCAAGAGAAUGAAGGCCCACCACCACCAGGCUACAUGUGCUAUCGUUGCGGUGGCAGAGAUCAUUGGAUCAAGAAUUGUCCGACGAACAGCGAUCCAAAUUUUGAGGGAAAAAGAAUUAGAAGAACUACCGGUAUCCCAAAGAAGUUCCUAAAAUCCAUCGAAAUAGACCCUGAGACGAUGACACCGGAGGAAAUGGCUCAGCGAAAGAUCAUGAUCACGGACGAGGGAAAAUUCGUGGUUCAAGUUGAAGACAAACAGUCAUGGGAAGACUAUCAAAGGAAAAGAGAGAAUAGACAAAUUGAUGGCGACGAAGGCGUAUGGAGGAAAGGACAUUUCAAGGAUCUACCCGACAAUUUGAAAUGUCCCCUAACAGGAGGCCUUCUAAGACAGCCCGUAAAGACAAGUAGAUGCUGCAACAAGGAUUUUUCGAAAGUAGCACUGGAAGACGCAUUGGUAGACAGCGACUUUGUAUGUCCCAAUUGCGAAACUAGCGAUAUUCUUCUUGAUUCACUAAUGCCCGACGAGGAUAAGCAAAAGGAGGUGAAAGCAUUUUUGAGGAAGCAGGAAGAAUUGGGCAGCAAUUCCAAGGAUGGUAACCAGCCGGAGACCAAGAAGAUUAAACUGCCGGAUACCACCGGCACCAACGGCUUGAACAACAAUGCCAACCCCUCUACGUCUGUAAAUAAUGGUGCCGCGCCAGUGCCACUGCCCUUCGGUAUGCCACCUUUUCCCAUGUUUCCACUGCCCUUCAUGCCUCCAGCGCCAACCGUCACAAAUCUUCACCAAACAGAUAUGAGUCCCAAGAAGUGA